CCCGUCGUUAUAAUCCGUGAAAGUUGUCUCUCUCAUCGCGUUCCGCGGUACAAGUGUGGAAUGAAGUGGACUGCGUGUUGUUUUUUGCUGUGCGGCCUGUUGGUCGUGGCUGCAGCCAAAACCACUAUCAGAGAGGAAGCGGAAGAAGAGCAUGAUCAUGGACCGAAGCCGGAUUGGUGGGAAAAUGGUGUGUUCUAUCAGAUCUAUCCGCGGUCCUUUAAAGAUUCCAACAAAGAUGGAGUGGGAGAUAUCAAGGGAAUUUCGGACAAUCUCGGUCACCUGGUAGAUCUUGGAGUGACCGGAGUGUGGUUCAGUCCGCUGUUUAAAUCACCGAUGAAGGACUUUGGUUACGAUAUUUCGGACUUUAAGGAUGUGGAUCCAAUUUUCGGAACGUUGGCUGAUUUGGAGGCACUGAUUAAGAAGGCCAAGGAUUUGGGCAUCAAAGUGAUCUUGGACUUUGUGCCGAACCACACUAGUGAUGAGCAUGAAUGGUUCACAAAGGCGGUAGCCGAUGAUGCGGUGUAUAAAAAUUUCUAUGUGUGGAAGAAUGGAAAGGGUAACGCACCCCCGAACAAUUGGCAAUCCGUGUUCCACACUGACGCAUGGACUAAACUAGCAGGAAAGACCGAAUACUAUCUACACCAGUUCGACAAAGGUCAACCGGAUUUGAACUACAACGAACCGAAAGUGAAGCAGGAAAUGACCAACAUGAUCGAGUUCUGGUUUGAGAAAGGGGUCGACGGUUUCCGCAUCGAUGCCAUCAAUCACGUCUACGAACACGAGGACUUCCUAGACGAACCACUGAUCAACGAAAAUGGUGAACUGUUCUACGAGAAUAUGGAUCACAUUUACACCGUUAAUCAGAACGCAUCCUACGACCUAAUCUACGAAUGGCGAGAGCUGUUCGAUACGUGGUCUGAAAAGUCCGGCAGCACCAAACUGAUGAUGACUGAAGCCUACGCUGACCUGGAGCACACCAUGCGAUGGUUCGGUAAUGAGCAACGCAACGGAUCUCACUUCCCGUUCAACUUCGCGAUGAUCAAUCGCAUCACGAACGGCUCGAAUGCCGCCGAGUUGAAGGUGGUUAUUGACGAGUGGUUGGAAAAUAUGCCUGAAGGAGCGAACGCUAACUGGGUUCUGGGAAAUCACGAUCGUCCUAGAAUUGCAUCGCGAUUUGGCCGCGAGCGAGCUGCCAGUUUCGCAAUUUUGGAGCUUACCUUGCCCGGAAUAGCCGUCAUCUAUUAUGGGGAGGAAAUCGGUAUGGAAGAUAAUCGCGAUAUAACCUUCGAAGAGACGCAGGAUCCACAAGCUAAGAACACCAACAAAGAAAUCUAUCAGCUGUACACCCGGGAUCCGGUUAGAACACCAUUCCAGUGGGACAAUACAUCGUACGCGGGUUUCUCGGAAGCAACUGAUAAGAAACCGUGGCUGCCGGUGCAUCCGAAUUAUUUAACGUUGAAUUUGGCCGCACAGAAAGCCGCUGACAAGAGCAUCUUUAAACUAUACCAACAGUUGAUCAAGUUGCGACAGAAACACACCUUCACCCAUGGUAACUUCAGCUCACAAGCGCUGGUGAACAAUGUGUUUGCGUUCAUGCGAACACUGGAGGAUCACGCUUCGUACGCGGUGGUUGUCAACAUGGUGUCUACUGACGUUCAGUUGAACUUGAAGAAUCUGGACUCGAAAAUUAAUAAGGUAAAAGUGGUGGUAACCACACCGGAUUCCGAUUUCCAGAUCGAUGCCGAGAUCACCGACGUGGAAAACUUAGUGCUGCAGAGUUACGACGCUGUUGUGUUUGAGGUGAUCUCCUCCGGUAGUGCGGCGAUUGCUGGAUCGUUACUGUUGCUGCUGGUAUCGGUUCUGCGGUUUUUACUGCAGUGAUGUUCUGAUUGAUAGGAUUAGGUAUUUAUUUUUGAAGAGAGCCGAAAGUAUUAGAAAUGUAACAAAGGCGUGUGGUAGGCAAUAAAUGAUGUUAACAUCGUAAA